AUGGAUGAGAUGGAUGAGAUGGAUGAGAUGAAUAAAGUGGAUGAGAUGGAUGACGUGGACAAAGUUGAAGUUGUAGACAGAGUGUACGAUGUGGACGAGGUUGACGAGAUGGAUGAAAUGGAUGAAAUGGAUGAGAUGGAUGAGCUGGGACAACUGUUCUAA